GAGACAUACGCUCCUAUUCUGAUGUCAUAAGAUAAAAUAAAGAAAAGCUUAUUGUUAUUCUUUUCUUUCUUUCUUUCUUUUACUUUAUAAAAUAAAAUGCAUAAAUUGAUUAAAGCCAUUGAUCAUAGAGAUCAACUAGAAGCAUGGGUUCAAUAUCAAGACCCGGUAUUAACUGAAAAAGAUGAACAUGGGGAUACUUUACUACAUUUUGCUGCUCGAGCACAUAACGUGUCUGCGAUGAGAUCACUCGUUGAUCUCGGUGCUGAUCCUGAAGCCAUAAACGAACACGGCAGAAGACCUAUUCAUGAAGCCAUUGACUCAUUUGAUUGUCUCGUUUACCUUGUCAAAACAUGCGGCGUGGAUGUUAAUGCAAUGAAGAGAGGUGAUUGGACACCUAUCAUGAUUGCAGGUAAAAAAAAAAAAAAAAACUAUAUGAUAAAUUAAGAAAAAUAUACAAAAGCAACCAAAGGGAAUAUGGAUAUCCUCAGGUUGUUGAUAGAAGCAGGUGCAUUACUCAACAGAACAACGCGAGAUGGAAGAACCCCUCUUUAUCUAGCAGUACAAGAAGGCCAUCUAGAAGCAUCUACAUUUUUAACAAAUCAAUAUCCACCUGCAAUCACCCAAGCCACCAAUUCAGGUCGAUUCCCUACUCAAGCAGCAGCAGCUUUGCCUGAUACAAAAAUAGCCUAUGAACUCACGACCUAUUUGCUCUCGCAUGCUACUCUACCAUUGUCUACUGUAUUAGCUCACCGCGACAAUUCAGGCAGGAAUAUCUUGCUGGAUUCAGUAGUGGCGCAAAACCUGCCAUUGCUAGAGUAUCUGUUACUUCAUGCCAAUGCUGAUCUAAACGAUACUGACUCAUUGGGUCGAAAUAUGAUUCACCAUGCAGCCAUGAUGGGUCACUUGCAAGUACUCAAACUGUUGGCUCGGUUACAAGUAGCUUCAGAUUGGAAUGCUGUGGAUACAUGGGAUUAUUGGACUCCUUUGAUGCAUGCUUCAAGACAAGGUCAUGAUGACAUUGUCAAGUAUUUGAUACACGAAAUGCAUGUAGAUACACACAUUCAAGAUAAACAUGGACGAACAGCCAAAGAUAUAGGUAAAACAGUAAUCAAAGGUUGAUAUACUUACAAUCAAUAGCUUCUUUAUGGCAUCAUGAGACAAUAGUUACUAUUUUAUAAUAUUUUAUUAAAAAAAAG